UUUUCCCACAUCCUCUUUGAGAUUGGCUUACUGGUUAGUUGUUUGGAAGCCUUUUACUUGAAAAAACAAGGAAAAUGGGUGUUGGUAGAAAGCAAGAUACUAUUUACCAAUAUUCCUGCUUCAUAAAUGGGGGGAAAGAAAGUAAAGGCAGUUUGACAACCAAACACAUGGCAAUCUUCUUUAUAAGAAAGUAACAAGAAGGGGCCAAGACACUACAGGAUGAAGUGUGGGACUAGGGCUGAGGACAGUUGGCAUGAGCAUUUUAGGUGGCAGAUAAUUCCUGAUGUCUGGGGCUUUGUUUUUCAAUGAUGAGUGGGAAGACAGAUUGUGUGAGCCAAAGGAUGAGCACCAGAGACACCAGGAUGAGAUGCAAUAUCCUCUGUCACAAUGGGACUCAGCCACCAGGAAGCCCAGUGCUGGACAGAAUAAGAUUCAACAAGAGGGAGAAAAGGUGAGCAGAGACAAGAGCACCACAGUGGUGGGGAAGGGGAACAGCUCUGUACAGUCAUUCUCUAAUCUAACCACCCAUCUUCUGUCACACAGAUAUACCUAAUCAGAGGGUAGAUUGCAUGAGCCAGAAGAUGAGCAACAGCGAAGUCAGGAUAGGAUGCGAUAUAAUACAUCACAAUGGGACUCACCUACCAGAAAGCUGAGUGCUAGAGAGAAGAAGAUGAAACAGGUGGGGGAAAAGGAAGAGGAUGAAUCAGAGGGUGAAUAUCAGAAACACCAGGAUGAGACACAACCUCAUCCAUCAACACGGGACUCAACUUCAACAAGACGCAGUACUGUCGAGAAGACCCAACCCCUAGCAGAAGAGAAGGGCAUUACCCCAGAAGAGGAGAAGCAGAAACAACAGGAUAAGAUGGAGCGUCCUCCAUCAGCACAGGAAAUGAAUGUAAGAAGGUGCUGUAUUGAAGACAUGAAAUUCCUACCAGAGGAGGUGGCUAAGUUAGAGGAGGAGAAGCAGUUUCAACGGGCUAGGAUGGAACGUCAUCCAUCAGUACAGGUCUCAGUUUCAACAAAGCGCAGUACUGCCGGGAGCAUUCAACCCCCAGCAGAAGAGGAGGGUGAGUCAGAGGAGAAGGAGAGACGCCGGGAUACGAUGGAACGUCGUCCAUCAAAACGGGACUCUACUUCAUCAAGGCGCAGUACUGUUGAGAAACCCCUAGCAGAAGAAGAGGAUGGGUCAAAAGAUGAGAAGCAGAGACGCCGGGAUACGAUGGAACAUCGUCCAUCAACACGGGACUCAACUUCACCAAGACGCAGUACUGUCGAGAUGAUUCAACUCCCAGCAGAAGAGGAGGAUGAGUCAGAGGAGAAGGAGAGACGCCGGGAUACGAUGGAACGUCGUCCAUCCAAACGGGACUCAGCUUUACCAAGGCACAGUACUAUUGUGAAGAUUGAAUUCCCAGCAAAAGAGGAGUCAGAGGAUGAGAAACAGAAACAAAGGGAUAGGAUGGAACGUCGUCCAUCAAUACGGGACUCAGCUUCAAGGAGGCGCAGUAGUCCUGAGAAGAUCCAAUUCCCAGCAGAAGAGGAGGAUGAGUCAGAGGAGGAGAAGCAGAGACGCUGGGAUAUGAUGGAACGUCGUCCAUCCAAACGGGAUUCAGCUUCAAGAAAGCGUGGUACUAUUGAGAAGAUUCGACCCCUAGAAGAGGAGGAUGAAGAGGAGAAACAGAGACUCCGGGAGAAGAUGGACCGUCACCCAUCAAUACGGGACUCUAUUUCAAGAAGGCGCAGUACUAUUGUGAAGAUCCAACCCAUAGCAGAAGAGGAGGAGGAGGAGGAAGACAAUGAGAAGCAGAGACCACGGAAUAGGGUGGAACGUCAUCCUUCAAUACGGGACACGUCUUCAGUACCGUGCUGUUCUGUCGAGAUAAUCCAACCAGCAAAGGAGAAGGAAGAGGAGGAGAAGCAGAGAGCAUGGAAAAGGCUAGAACAUCAUCCAACAAUAUGGGACCCAACUGCAAGAAGGCGCAGUAGUUCUGAGAAGAUCCAACUCCCAGCAGAAGAGGAGGAGGAUGAGUCAGAGGAUGAGGACCAGAAACAUCAGCAUAAGAUCCGUCAUCAUCCAUCAAAACGAAGCUCAAGUUCUAAAAGGCGCAGCACUGCUGAGAAGAUCCAACCCCAAAAUGAAGCGGUGAGCACAGCCAGUAUCAGCAAAGUGGUGGUAAAGGGAUGCAAUUGUGGACAGGAGGAUGAGUCAGAGGAUGAGAAGCAGAGACGCCGGGAUACGAUGGAACGUCGUCCAUCCAAACGGGUCUCGGCUUCAAGAAGGCGCAGUAGCACUAGUCCUGAGAAGAUCCAGAUCCAACUACUGGCCGACCAGGAGGAUGAGUCAGAGGAUGAGAAGCAGAGACGCCGGGAUACGAUGGAAAGUCGUCCAUCCAAACGGGACUUGGCUUCCAGAAGGCGCAGUAGCAGUAGUCCUGAGAAGAUCCAGAUCCAACUACUAGCCGACCAGGAUGAGUCAGAGGAUGAGAAGCAGAGACGCCGGGACACAAUGGAAAGUCGUCCAUCCAAACGGGACUUGGCUUCCAGAAGGCGCAGUAGCACUAGUCCUGAGAAGAUUCAGAUCCAACUACUAGCCGACCAGGAUGAAUCAGAGGAUGAGAAGCAGAGACGCCGGGAUACAAUGGAAAGUCGUCCAUCCAAACGGGACUUGGCUUCAAGAAGGCGCAGUAGCAUUAGUCCUGGGAAGAUCCAGAUCCAAUCACUGGCUGACCAGGAGGAUGAGUCAGAGGAUGAGAAGCAGAGUCGUCGUCCAUCAAGACGAGGCUCAUCUUUAAGAAAGCGCAGUAGUCCUGAGACAAUCCAAUCACUGGCAGAGCAGGAGGAUGAGUCAGAGGAUGAGAAGCAGAGCCGUCGGGAUACAAUGGAAAGUCGUCCAUCAAAACGGGACUCAGCUUUAUCAAGGCACAGUACUAUUUUGAAGAUUGAAUUCCCAGCACAAAAGCCGUUGCAACAUCAUCCAUCAAAACAAGACCAAGCUUCAAGAAAGCGCAGUACUGUCGAGAGGAUCCAAUUCCCACCUGAAAAGGAGGAUGAGUCAGAGGAUGAGAAACAGAGACCAAGAGAUAGGAUGGAACGUCAUUCAUCAAUACGGGAUUCAGCUUCAAGGAGGGGCAGUAGUCCUGAGAAGAUCCGAUUCCCAGAAGAAGAGGAGGAGGAUGAGUCAGAGGAGGAGAAGCAGAGACAACAUCGUCUAUCAAAACGAGGCUCGUCUUUAAGAAGGCGCAGUAGUCCUGAGACGAUCCAAUCACUGGCAGACCCGGAGGAAGAUGAGUCAGAGGAGGUGAACCAGAGAUACUAUCGUCCAUCAAAACGAGGCUCGUCUUUAAGAAGGCGCAGUAGUCCUGAGACGAUCCAAUCACUGGCAGACCCGCAGGAAGAGGAUGAGUCAGAGGAGGAGAAGCAGAGACACCAUCCAUCAAAAAGAGGCUCGUCUUUAAGAAGGCGCAGUAGUCCUGAGACGAUCCAAUCACUGGCAGACCCGCAGGAAGAGGAUGAGUCAGAGGAGGUGAACCAGAGAUACUAUCGUCCAUCAAAACGAGGCUCGUCUUUAAGAAGGCGUAGUAGUCCUGAGACGAUCCAAUCAUUAGCAGACCAGGAGGAAGAUGAGUCAGAGGAGGAGAACCAGAGAUACCGUCGUCCAUCAAAACGAGGCUCGUCUUUAAGAAGGCGCAGUAGUCCUGAGACAAUCCAAUCAUUAGCAGACCAGGAGGAAGAUGAGUCAGAAGAAGAGAAACAGAGACCACCAUGUUGGCUAUUAAAACGAGACUCAUCUUUAAGAAGGCGCAGUAGUCCUGAGAUGAUCCAAUCACUGGAAGACCAGGACUCACCUAAAAAGAAGCUCAGUGAUGCUGAGAAGAUACAACAGCAAAUAGAAAAGCAGGAGGACAGAUUGAAUGAUCUCGAGGAUGAGAACGAGAGCCUUAGGAAUAAAAUGCAAUAUUAUUCUUUACAACUGGACUCUACUACAAUCAAGCUCUCUUAUGCUGAGAAGGCUCAGGAGCAAGCAGAAAAGGAAAAGGGAAGACUGGAUGAGCUCAAGGAUGAGAACCAGAACCUUCGGGAUAAGAUGCACUGUUAUUCAUCACAACUCGAAUCUGCUACAAGAAAGCUCAGUGCUGCUGAGAAGAUGAUGCAACAACAUCUAGAACAGAAGGAGAAGGACAGAAUGAAAGAGCUUGAGAAUGAGAAUCAGAAUCUUCGGGAUAAGAUGCAAUGUUAUUCGUAUCAACUGGACUCAGCUAACAGAAAACUCAGUGCUGCCGAGAAGGAGAUGCAACAACAGGCAGAAAAGAAAAAGGACAGAAUGAGUGAACUUGAAGAUGAGAACCAGCAUCUCAGGGAUAAGAUGCAAUGUUAUUCCUUGCAACUUGACUCAGCUGCAAGCAAGAUCAGUGAUGUUGAGAAGAUCCAACAGCAGGCAGAAAAGAAAGCUGAAAGAUUGAAUAAGCUUGAAGAUGAAAAUCAGAAUCUCCGUGAUAAGAUGCAAUGUUAUUCAUGGCAACUCGAUUCAGCUACAAGAAAGCUCAGUGCUGCUGAGAAGAUGAUGCAAGAGCAGUCGGAAAAGGAAAAGGACAGAUACAAUGAGCUCAAGAACGAGAAUCAGUGUCUCCAGGAUAAGAUGCAGUUUUAUAGAUUGCAACUGAACUCAGCUUCAAUCAAAAUCAGCUGUGCUGAGAAGCUCCAACAGGAUGCACAACAGGAGAAAACCAAAUUGAAUGAACUCGCGAAUGAGAACCAGAAUCUCCGGGAUAAAAUGCAAUGUUAUUCAUUGAAACUGGACUCAGCUAAAAGGAAGCUCAAUGCUACUGAGAGAGAGAUGCAACAACAGGCAGAAGAGCAGAGAGACAGAUGGCAUGAGCUCGAGGAUGAAAACCAGAAUCUCCGGGAUAAGAUGAAAUGCUGUUCAAUGAGACUCGAAUCAGCUACCAGAAAGCUCAGUGCUGCUGAGAAGCAGAUUCAACAGCAGGCAGAAAAGGAGUCAAAAUGAUGAAUGAGAACAGGCCAAAACAUAAGAGGAUGAAAGGAAGACUGAUUCAGGGAAAUAAGAGUUAGCAUUUUAGGUGAUAUCUGAGGCGUUGAUUUUCAUUGAGGAACAAGAAAAGUGAUUUGAACUCAAGGGUGAGAACCAAUCUCCAGGAUAAGAUAAAAUCUUCUCCAUCGAAAUGGUACUCUCCUACAAGAAAGUUCAGUGCUGCUGGGAAGGUUCAACAGCAGGCAGAAAAAGUGACCCAAAUCUGGGCUCUUAAGUUCACUCAGUAGUAUAAGCCACCUGUCCUUUGGCAUAAAGGUCUCACUCCACAGGAAGUAAUUAACAGCUAAAAUUCUGUGACCAAGUUAAUUCCUAGGCCUGUUGGUCAGUAUGUCAGCAUCCAACACUACAUAUUUUCCUAUCAGUCAGGAUUCAUUUUCAUGUCGCACUCACUGAGUCAUUUUUUUUCCAUGUAAGGGAGCACUUUAAAAAAAAGAUUUAAUAGGAGCUCUAAACCACUUUGAUAUUUGCACCACCUUUUUCCCAUCUCCUAUUUAAGGUUGACUAACUAGUUGAUUAGUUGGUUGGUCAGUCAUUUCAGAGCUAAAUCCAAAGGAUAGAUGGGUGAUAAGGAAGAUAAAAUUUGGCUUCCAAUCCUUGUUCCUAUUAUAUGAGAGAGAAACUGAGGGAAAAAAGUCGAGUCAGUUUUUCUACCAAACUCAUUCCCAUUUUGAGAUUGAUAAAAAUAGAUUAAAACAUCACAUAAUGAAGUUUUGGACCGUGGCUCAGUACAACAAAUAUGAUAAGUAUUUUAUGUGGCAUAUAAUGGCUGGCAUCUGGGGCUUUGUUCUUCAAUGACAAGUAGAAUGGCAGAUUGUGUGAACCCGAGGAUGAAAACCAGAAUCUUCAGGAAAAGAAGCAGUAUUAACCAUCACAAUAGGACUCAACUACAAGAAAGCUCAUUGCUGCUGAGAAGGUCCAACAACAGGCAGAAAAUGUGGGCAGACCCAAGAGCACCACAAUGGUGGAGAAGAGAGAUAUAACUCUGGACAAUAAUUCUGUUAACAUAGACACCAUCUUUUGUCACACAGUUAUCACUCCCUAGUAAAUAACUAAAACUUCAAA